CAUCCAUGCCCGCCGUCGUUGCCAAGGGGAGUACAACACCACACUUCACCGACCAACCCCAUGUCCAACAUCUCGGCAUCGAAGGUGCGAAAAAGGCUGGACAGUUAUAUCGAGCUCCAAUAACGCGCAUAGCGACGCCGCAGAAACGCGAGGCUGACAGUUGUCCGUCCCGUCCAUCCAACACACACAACAGUCCAAACCACGGUCCGCUCAGCCGCCACCGCUUGGGAGAAGUAAGCCCCAAACGCCCCUUCCACCCCAAAACAUUCUCCUCCUCCUUCUUCUGGGAUGUGCCUACAACUAUCACUCACCGCUCGUGAUAAGCUCCAUCCCAUGGUCGCCAGACCGAGCUUACAGACUCUUGGCCUCACCAACUUCACCUGCCGGCUCGCCGCCUGGCGCUCAACCGCCCUACACCUCAUCCGUCCUCCAAAAGAAAGGGGGAGGCUAAAAGAAUAUAUAUCGUCAUCGUUCGAAGACAAUGUGAAUUCAACUCAUCGGACGGUGAUAUCACCGCCAGAAACAACCGAACCGACCCUUUCUCUCUCUCUUCGAAACAGGCCAGCGGACGGACGGACGGGUGGGCGGCAGGGCUUUCGUCCGAUGUCGCCCUUCUCCUGUGGAUUGGGUACCCAAAGUCUAAAAAACCCCUUCUCCUCGCUGGGCUUAAGCACCCUUCGAAAAAGUACAAAGCAGUACCUAGUGGUACUGUUAAAGGCACCCUACCAUUUCCGUAAAGCAAACCGAAAAACUCUAAACAUGACAAGUCUGCUGCUAUUGCAUCGUUUUCCUCCAACAAGUCUUGGCGAAAAACGCUGCGCCACAGGGCUCUACGAAAUACGGUCACGGUCACGAUGGUCGGUGGUUAGACGGUGGGAUGCCGUCGCCACCUGCGGCACAUACGAGGCACAAGAAAGGUCUCCAGACCAAACCCGAGCUGAGCUGAACGUUUCAAAAUGGGUUCUCCGUCACGCACCUCGAAAAUGACGUCGUAACAUCAUUAAGCAAGCGCCAUUCAGCAUGCUGUCUCUACGUAUGGAGGGAAUUCUUCUCAACAUCAAGGAAUAAUUGCGAUCAACAUUUUUUGAACUUUGUUUGGAUUUCUCAUUGACCCGUAA